CCUUUAGUCCAACGCCGCGACGAUGACCAGGGUGGCAAUGGCGCCGCACCCGCUGCUCCUCGCGACGGUCGCGGUGGCGCUGUGUGCGGCCAUCCCUAGGGCAGCCAUGGCCAUAGACCUCAGCCGUCUUUACGGCCAUAUAAGCUCCAAAAGGAACGGCGAUGCCUGCCACCCCUACGAGCCAUUCAAGUGUCCCGGGGAUGGUAAUUGUAUUUCCAUACAAUAUCUUUGCGAUGGGGCUCCGGAUUGUCCGGACGGCUAUGACGAAGACUCCAGACUUUGUACAGCUGCCAAACGACCCCCUGUUGAAGAAACGGGUAGUUUUCUCAAAUCACUUUUGGCUAGUCAUGGACCUAAUUAUCUUGAAAAAUUAUUUGGGAGUAAAGCCAGAGAUGCUCUUAAACCUCUAGGGGGUGUUGAUAAAGUUGCCAUUGCAUUAUCAGAAUCACAGACGAUAGAAGAUUUUGGAGCGGCGUUGCAUUUAAUGCGCUCGGAUUUGGAACACCUGCGAUCAGUGUUUAUGGCAGUGGAAAAUGGUGAUUUGGGAAUGUUAAAAUCGUUAGGGAUAAAGGACUCGGAACUGGGUGAUGUAAAGUUCUUCUUGGAGAAGCUAGUAAACACCGGCUUCCUCGACUGAACCAUCUUCGACCCUGCUGCCGUCCUGUUUGCCCAUCCGCAACCUCACGCGCCCCUCAGCAAGUCGUUUUAUUCGUAUCUCCCAUACUGAGGAUCCCGCUUAACCCCUCGGCAGCAGAGUCUUGCGCAGUCCGUCCCUCUCCCAUCAGCGGGCGACGCGUUUCUGUCCCAACGAGCCGCCCGCGCCGCCGCCAAAAAAAAAUAAGAAAAAAAAACGAAAGUUAACAAGAAACAGCAACACAACAGAACUUAUGAAUACAUAUCAGCACCAAGGUCUAUUUGGUCGAACUUAACAGAUACAUAUCAAUAAUAAGUGUGAACUUUUUUCCUCGACUAUCUCGGUGUUUUAUAAGAAAAAUGGAAUUUUUCCUCAUCACUUUUUGCCGUGUGAAACGCCAGGUUUAUAUGUAAUUAUAUACAUAUACAUAAAGUAUAUCGUGUACUUAUGGUAAUGUCGAUUAGAUAUUAGUGAUAUUCGACGAUAGUCUUUAAAGUACAUUAAUUAUCCUUACGAAACAAACAAGCAAAAAGACAAAAAAAAGACACGUAAUUAUAAAUACUACAUAUCAUAUUGCAUAAAGUUAAAUUAAAAGGACUCCCGAGACAAUUAUUGCGGCACUAAAAAUCGGACGUUUGGAGCACGCCGCGAUUAUGCAAUCGUUGGUAAAGCAUCAAUGCUUGCAAAACCGACAGAUAAUAGGGUAAUUCGUCCGCCAUGAUAUCUGUCGGUUCCAUCGAGAUGAGAGCUUCUUAUUCGCCGUUUAUUUCCAAAUGGAAUAGAACGAACUUAGGGCCUACGUUCUUAUCCCAACAGCGAAUACGUUGCUUUCAAGACUAAUACAGAACAAGAUUAUAGGCGAUGUGCCUAACGCGGCGUGCUUUUUGUAAACGUCGAAAUCAUUGUGAUUUUUGUAUGUACAUAUCAAUGAAUAAAAAAAGCGACGCGCGGGUCCUGUUCUCCGUUUCGAUAACGACCUGACAUUUACCAUUAGCGUCGAACGGGCCCGCGGAUCGCGACGGCCCCUCCCCGAACAAUACAAUGCGAUGGUAAAAAAUGAAAACCGAUGAUUUCAUCCUUUUAUGACACUCAACGUACACAAUCAGGCACGGGGAUUUCAAAACCGUAAACAAUCUAAGUCAAUAAGGAAAGAAAUACAAGAAAUAUAUAUAAAUGUAUAUUUUUUCGAUCUUUGUGCCCGAAAACGCGAACUUUGGUUUAGUCACGUACACUAUGCCUUCAAAAGAAAAAUUUUAAAACAAAGGGCAGUGCAGGUGACACUACGAAUAUUAAAAAAAAUUAUAUACAUAAAUAUAUAUACAUACUAUACGAUAUAAUAAAUAUAUUUCAUAUAUUUAUCGAAAGUUAACUUCAAUAUAUAUAUAUAUUUUAAAUGACGAAGGCUGGUUUACUAUUAUGUAUACAUAUCAGAUGUUUUUAAGAUCAUUGUAUGUCAUUGUAUAUUUGUUCUAAAGGAAAUUUAUAAAGUCAAAAUAAAUAUGUUGUCAACGA